UUCAUUUCCAAGGAGAUGGUAUGCGCGUUCGUCGUAGCUGCAUCUGCACUAUAGCUCGCACCUACCUCGUUUGUCAGAGUCCCACUCUGACCACUAUUACAUUCUUCUUCUUCUUUCGCCAUCUAGCACCUCCAUUAUUUCUCAGUAUGAUCAGUAUGAAUCUCCCUUACCAGCAACAGAUCAUCACUACCACCAUGGUAAUAACAAGCUUCGUCAUCAUCUUCGGUACCACCCCGAGCUCCAUCACAGCUCUGUCCUUCACCCUGGUGUUCCCAACCCUAGGGCAGAUCUCCUUCCAGCGAGCUCAGGAGACGGACCACGGAUCGAUCCAGCUCACCAGGAACCUCCUCGACGCGGACCAGAGCUUCCAUUUCGGCCGGGCCACUUCCGCCUACCACCUAAGGCUAUGGGACGGCGACCGCCGUGCCUCCUUCGACACUUCCUUCUCCUUCACCGUCUUCUCGCCCCGGGACGACAAGGGCGGCAUUGGCGGCGGAAUGGCAUUCUUCCUCGCCCCAUGGGGCUCCAAGCUGCCACCGUCCAAGUCCGGGGCCACCCUGGGGCUCACCGCCGACUCCCCGGACCAGGAGCUCAAUUCCACGGCCGGCCGGUUCGUGGCCGUAGAAUUCGAUGUGUUCCGAGACUACUUCGACCCGCCUGGAGGCUCCCACGUGGGCAUCAAUGUCGACUCGAUGAGAUCCGUGGCCACUGCGCCCUGGGCUGCUGAUACUACAGGGGAGAAACAGAGCCAGGCCUGGAUCAGCUACGAUGCCACCUCCAACAAUUUGAGUGUUAUGGUCACCGGAUUCGGAGAUGGUGGCAGCCUGGCGAAUAAGACCAUCUUCCACGUUAGCCACAUCGUCGAUUUGAAGGAUUACCUCCCUCAAUCGGUCACAUUCGGCUUCUCUGGUUCGACAGGGAACCGCAGUGCUAGCCAGAGCAUUCACUCCUGGCAUUUCUACUCCUCCUUGGAGAUUGUACCCAGCGGAAUCCCUGUCUUUGCCGGUUUGCUCGUGGGGACUGCUCUCAUCUUUGUAAUCUCCUUUAUUUGCGUAGCUUUGAUUGACAGGACGACAAACAGCAUCGCCGACGACGAUGUUAAUGCCGACAAGGUGGACGAGUUGUUGGGCCCAAGGAAGUUCCCGUUCAAGGAGCUGAAGAGGGCAACCAAUGGGUUCUCCGACCGGGACAACAAGCUCGGGGAAGGAGGGUUCGGCCGUGUUUACAAAGGGCGGGUUCGUCUCAGCGACGUUGCGGUGAAGAGGGUGUCGAGGAGGUCGAGCCAGGGGACGAAGGAGUUCGCGGCGGAGGUGAAGAUCAUCAGCAGGCUGCGGCACCGCAACCUGGUCCAGCUCAUGGGAUGGUGUCAGGAGAAGAAGGAGCUCCUGCUAGUGUACGAGUUCAUGCCCAAUGGCACGCUCGACGCGCACCUGUUCCACCGUGACAACAAGAUGCCGUUAUUAACACCUCCAUCGUUGCUGGGUUGGGGAAGCAGGUACAAAAUUGCCAAAGGCAUCGCCUCCGGGCUGCUCUACUUGCACGAGGAAUGGGAGCAAUGCGUGGUGCACAGGGACAUCAAGUCCAGCAACAUCCUCCUCGAUUCCAAUUUCAAUCCGAAACUGGGCGAUUUCGGGCUAGCGAGGCUGGUGGACCACGAGAAGGGGUCGCAGACCACGAUCCUGGCAGGGACGAUGGGCUACAUGGCUCCCGAAUGCGCCACCACAGGGAAGGCGAGCCGGGAGACCGAUGUCUACAGCUUCGGAGUCGUGGCGCUUGAAAUUGCUACUGGUAGAAGGCCUGCGGUGAUCGAAUAUCACCACCCUGACGACGAUGAUGAAGAAGCCUAUGCGGUCCAUUUGGUUCGAUGGGUUUGGGACCUCCAUGGGAAUGGGGAUUUGCUGAAUCGAGGUCCGGAUUCGAGGUUGGGCGGGGAGUUUGAAGAGAGUGAGAUGGAGAGGUUGAUGGUGAUUGGCAUGGCUUGUGCUCACCCAAAUCCUGACUUUAGGCUCUCGGCUAGACAAGCUCUUCAGGUGCUCAACUUUGAUGCUCCUGUGCCUCUGCUGCCAUUGAAUAUGCCUGUCCCGACUUACGUCGUCUCUGCGCCAUCAUCGACUAACCUUUCUUCAUGGAUGCCUUCCGGUGGCCGCGGUUCGAGUGGCCGGACGAAUGAGGGUUUCUCCGGUGCUAGUACUACUACUGCUCCCUUGAGGCUGAACGCAACCAGGAGUGAAGUACUACUGGUUCUUCCUUCAUCAAAGAUUUCAAGUGCUCUCCCCGUUACAGUCUAGCUAUGUAUGGAAUCCUCUUUUUUCUAUGUAACCAUUACUUGGAAAAGUCACUAAUCAACCACAAGGAUUGCAAUGUCCAAAAUAUUGUUCUAGAUGGAAUCACAUGUGGAAAUACUUUCACCAUCAAGAUUUGUGUUUCGUCUUUCAUGGUAUCAAGUUUAUCAUUAUUUGAUAUCAUCAAAUACCGAGCGAAUCUUAUCGGGUGGAUACCAGAGAUAGUAGGAUAGGGGGCCAUUCUUGAAGAACUUAUGUCGUGCCUUGCCAUUUUAAUCGUGGUUUAGUGUUCGAUUUGUAGGUCGGCAUAGCAAUAGGGGUAGCCCAUUUGGUGGCUAGAAAGGCCCUUACGUUGUAUUCGACUAUGAGUCGAUUCUUUGAUUUUCAGACCAGACUGAACUUCAGGAUGUAAUUAUCUCUCUUGAAUCAAUAUAAAAUUGUCUUUUGUCAAAAUAAAAUUAAAAAAUAAAA